UGCAUAGUUUGUUUUAGAUGACCUCCUCAGAAUGUAAUCAAAAGAAACCUGCCCAUCUGAUGAUUUCCAAACAUUUAUGUAAUGGAGUUGUGCAAGAUUUGUUUUGGAAUUAGCAUACACAGCACUCACUGGUCUGGAUUUUAAUAGGAAAUUUAACAAGUGAGUUCACUCACCUGGCUGAUAGGUUUAUAGAGAGCAGAGGUAUCAAGAGCUCACUUAGGCUGUUUCUCUGUUUCCAGACAUGAUCUCUAAACCAAAUGUGACAAGACCUUGUUUAAUGUGUUCUCAAUUACCACCGUUUUUGUAACUGCUCUCUUACCUCCUGUGCUGUGAUUUAAUUCUUACUUAAUGCCAAUUUUAGGAGCUUAUUCCAAGGCUUCCUUUUCACUAGUGUUGAGAAUAAUGCUUUGGCUUCAAUUGUAGUAGGGAACUGUUUAUAAUAGCAAACCCAGCUGUUACUAAUAGAGUGUAUCUAUUGACCUUUAUUCCAUGUGAUAGUUAUUUGUAGAUCGUUUCUUCCUGUUGUAAAAGGACAUUAUCAUACACGCAGAUAAGCUAUGAAAUGGGAAUAGUACAGCAUUAAUGCUUUCCUUCAUGUGAUGCUUGCUAGGAAAAAAAAAAAAAUCCCUUCCUGCUUUGGAAAGCUGUGGAUGUGUUGUAUCAAUGGUGUUAAGUAGAUGAAAUUUGUCAAGACAGGUAAUGUUUAUGUUUCAGGUAAUGUUUGUGUUCACUUCAUAGUAAGAUAUACGUCUCAGUUCCCUGGGAAGUGAUGAAAUCUUCAGAAGGUGUACUCUGAAAUUCUUCUGCUGGGACAGAAGUGGUAGAUGACAAUACAAGGGUGUUUAAAAACAAGAAAACCCCAAGCUUCUUCUAUGUUAGUGUGGAAUUCUUUCUAGCACAGGCUAGAAAUACUUAAGCAAGGGGCACAAACAAGAACAUUCAUUCCAGUCACUUAGGAGUUAACUUUUGGUUCUUGUUCAGAUUUGCACGCUCCUUUUUAAACAAUUUGUCAUGUUAAUGCAAAAUAAAAUGAACUAAUGGGUGUGUAAUGGAACUGUGACUGGUAGUGCUUCAUAGCAUCUCAUUCCUCAUGGGGAGGAGAUGGGCAGAGCAGGGAAGGUAUCCCUCAACUUCAAGCAAAGAUCUGCUUCUAAGUAGAUUCAGGGUUGCAGAACUUGUUUUUUUGCACUCCAGUUAUUCCCAUUAUGCUCACGUGGCUGUUGUUAAAUCUGCUGGCUUUACUAAUAAUCCAGAUCUCACAGAAUACAUAAACACACAUCAGUCCCUUCCAGAAGCUGCCACCAACUGCAUGACAACCCAAGCAAAGACUGCACACUGAUGAGCAGCGCAGCUCUCCGGUUAGCAAUGGAAACAAACCUGGAAAGGAAUUAUUUUUUACAGGUGGUUGGUUUAUGCUGUGGCACGUAACUGAAGGCAGAAUCCAUGAGCUGUCCAGAUGUGCAUGGAAGGUGGUGACGACUUGUUUGUGUAGGAGCAGGUUGAGUGGCCACUAGAGGACAGUGUGCACAAAACCAUGAGUUGGGUGCACAGGGGAGCUGGGGAGGUGUCGAGCAAACUUGCCUGCUUUCCCAAGUGAUGCCAAUGCAAACAAACAGUGGAUUGAUUGAGCCUUAGGUGCAGAAAACUUGCUGCAUUAUGCCAUCUUCCUAGUUAGAAAUAAAAUAGCUUUUACCAAGCUUGACAUGCCUGAUGCUCUGGAAGAGAUCAGCUAUGAGGCAUCAGCUGCUGUAUGAUGGUAACUUGUCCAGUGUUCGUUGACACACAAGGCUAAAUACCUGGGAUAUUUCUGAGUGAAGAGAAGUAUGAUCUUAAUAUAUUCUGGAAGGUAUUGUAUAAACCUUGAUUGACAAGGUCUUUGAGAGAGGAGGCUGGCAAACAUAACCACAUAAAACCACACAUGGAAAAAAAAAAAAACCAACAAAAACCCACCACUUCUGCUCUGAGUGCUCAAGUGACAAAAUAUCUGAGGGGGAAGGCAAACUGGGGAGGUUGCAGGCCACCUGGGGUAAGUACUAUUUCCCUGUGUUAGCUGUGUUGCAAUGUACAGUACAAAGCAGAUGUGCAAGUUCAUGGGAAGCUCUGGGUUGAUUGCACAGGUGAUGUGGAAUGAUGUGAUGCUUCACGCCGAGCUUAAUGCUUCACACUCAUGUCUGUUUAAAAUACACAUGUAAGAACGUAUACACAGUGGUAACUGUAAUGUUAAAGCUAUUUUCAUUCUAAGUGUCUUUAUAGUAAUAAGAUUGAUAAAUUAAGCUGGGCACACAUCUUUCUUUUUUGCAUUUUUUUUUUUUUUUAAUCCUCCAAAGAGCUGAACAAAUUGUGGUGUGUGUUUUCUGCAGGAGUUACUGCAGUCCAAAUAUGGUUGCUCUGAUUGUUUCUUUCCCUCUUCACCCCUUAGUUGCCCCUUUUGUUUUUUCCAAAGCCCCAGCAUUUCCCUGAGUGGUAUCUUUGUGUUAUGAAACUGCAUUAACUAAAAGAUCUUUGGAAUAAUAUCUGAUCAAUUUCCUAUGACAUGGCAAAAUGCAUCCAGCUGGGGGAUUUUAGGUCUUUAUUUCCAGGCUAUUUAUCUUUGUUAGUCUCCCUUUUAAAAUCUCUUAUCGGUGGCGUUCAGAGUUCCCAGAAGUGAUGGGAAAUGCACUUCACCAGUUGUUACACAUACAUGCAAUAACUAUCCCCAAAGUGGUACUGUGUGCUGCGUUUGACAGAGGCUGUGAGGUGAGAUACCAUCCUUAGUCUGCAGUCUGCUAAAGCAGAAAUUUUGGCUUAAAACUCGAGUCCAGGCUGUCAGAAUCCCAGUGAUUAUUUUGGUCAUCGUCCAUAAAGAUGCAUUAUGGAGUUAAGGAUGCCUAAGGAGUUAACCUGCUGUUCAAAGUAAGUAACAAGGCAAGAAUAAAUAAAAAAUUAGGACUUAAUAUUUCAACGCUGCAAUUAAAGAGGGGUGGGAACAGCCUGAUCUGCAGAGAUGUACAUAAUGGCAGAGAGGGUGGGCGGUUGGACUGUCAAACUGCCUUAAUUUAAUUGCAAACACAUGCUGAUGAGUCCCCUCCUCCUGGACCUCAGGGCUGGGAAACUUUUUUUUUUUGUCAGCUCCCUGCAGCUGAGGAUUGAGGAAAAUACACUCCAGCAAACACCAUGCUGAUCAAACCUUCAGCUCUUCUGGGCUUUUGGUGCUUUCUCCUCCUGCCUCGUUCCUCCUGUUCCUGUCCUCCUCGCUGCCUGUGCUUCAGGACCACAGUAAGAUGCAUGCAUCUGAUGUUGGAAACCAUCCCUGACAUCCCACCUCAGACGAGCAUAUUAGAUUUACGUUUCAACCACAUCAGGGAGAUACAACCUGGGGCCCUCAGGAGGCUGAAGAACCUCAACACACUGCUGCUGAACAAUAAUCAGAUAAAGCAUAUCGUGAGAAGAUCCUUUGAAGAUCUGGAGAACCUGAAGUACCUCUACCUUUAUAAAAAUGAAAUUCAGAGCAUCCAGCAACAUGCCUUCCAUAGGCUGCACUCCCUGGAGCAGCUCUACCUGCACUUCAACAACCUGGAAACCCUGGAGCCAGAGACGUUCAGUGACCUGCCCAAACUUGAAAGGCUAUUCUUGCACAACAACAAAAUUUCCAGGAUUCAUCCAGGGACAUUCUCUCAACUGGAAUCCCUCAAACGACUGCGGCUGGAUUCCAAUGCACUGCUCUGUGACUGUGACCUGCUGUGGCUGGCUGAGCUGCUGCAGAAAUACGCCGAGCUGGGCAGCAUCCAGACUGCAGCCACCUGCGAGGCCCCGCGAGAGCUGCACGGUCGCUCCAUCGUCACCCUGACUGCCCAGGAGUUCAACUGUGAAAGGCCUCGCAUCACCUCAGAGCCCCACGACGUUGAUGUCCUCUUGGGAAACACGGUUUAUUUCACAUGCAGGGCAGAAGGCAACCCAAAGCCUGCCAUUAUUUGGCUCCACAACAAUAACGAGAUUGACAUGAAAGAUGACAAUCGCUUGAACCUGCUGCAAGAUGGCACCCUGAUGAUCCAGAAUACCAAGGAAUCAGACAAAGGUGUCUACCAGUGCAUGGCCAAGAACAUCGCUGGGGAGGUCAAGACCCAAGAAGUUGUCCUGCGCUAUUUUGGCACGCCAUCCAAGCCCACUUUUGUGAUCCAGCCGCAGAACACUGAAGUGCUGGUUGGGGAAAGCGUCACCUUGGAGUGUGGGGUCUCUGGGCAUCCCCACCCUCGCGUCAGCUGGACACUUGGCACAGGCUCUCCUUUACCGCAGGAUCCCCGCUUCACUAUCACCAGCUCUGGAGGGCUCUUCAUCCAGAACGUCACCUUCUCGGACCAGGGACAGUACAACUGCAAUGCCAGCAAUACUGAGGGAUCCAUCCGGGCGACGGCGAGGAUCAUAGUGCAAGAUUCUCCCAGGUUCCUCCUCAUCCCCACUGAUCAGACAGUAACCGAGGGACAAAGUGUGGAUUUUCCCUGCUCUGCUGAGGGUCACCCCCCACCUGUGAUUGCCUGGACAAGAGCAGGGGGACCGCUGCCGAGCGACCGAAGGCACAGCAUCCUCUCCACGGGGACCCUGCGAGUAAUGAGGGUGGCCCUGCAUGACCAAGGGCAGUACGAGUGCCACGCCAUCAGUGCCAUCGGUGUGAGGACCCUGCCCGUGCAGCUGGCCGUGACCCCGCGGGUGAUUCCUGUGUUCCUUCACCCCCCACAAGACGUGGUGGCAGAGACAGGCCAGGAUGUGGCCAUCACCUGCGCUGCCCAGGGGGACCCACGGCCCACCAUCACCUGGGUGAAGGAGGGGAUUCAGAUCACAGAGAGCGGCAAGUUCCACGUGAGCCAGGAUGGGACUCUCUCCAUCCAGGAUCUUGGCGUGGCUGACCAGGGCAGAUACGAAUGCAUAGCACGGAACCCCUUUGGCUUCACCUCCAGCGCCAUGCAGCUCACCAUCACCGCCACGGACGUCGGCCGGAGUGGUGACACAUUUGUAGCCACAUCCCUGCAGGAAGCCAUCAGCAGUGUGGACCAUGCCAUCAAUUCAACACGCACUGAGCUGUUCAGCAGACGCCCCAAGACACCCAACGACCUGCUGGCCCUCUUCCGCUACCCAAGGGAUCCUUACACCAUUGAAACAGCCAGGGCAGGUGAGAUCUUCGAAAGGACUUUGCAGCUGAUUCAGGAGCACGUGCAGCAAGGUUUGAUUGUGGAUAUGAAUGUCACAGGUUAUCGUUACAACGAUUUGGUGUCUCCUCACUACCUGAACAUGAUUGCCAACCUGUCUGGCUGUUCUGCUCACCGCCGCACACCCAACUGCUCCGAUAUCUGCUUCCACAAGAAAUACAGGACCCACGAUGGUUCCUGCAACAACUUGCAGCACCCAAUGUGGGGCGCUUCUCUCACCGCCUUCCAGAGGCUCCUCAAACCUGCUUAUCAGAACGGAUUUAACCUCCCCCGGGGGUUUUCCUUGGCAGAAGAUGCCAGGGACCUGCCCCUUCCCUUACCCAGGCUUGUCUCCACCGCCAUGGUUGGGACUGAGACCAUUACCCCAGACGAGCAGUUCACACAUAUGCUCAUGCAAUGGGGCCAGUUUCUGGACCACGACAUGGACCAGACAGUGGCAGCCAUCAGCAUGUCCCGCUUCUCAGAUGGAGCACCCUGCAGCCAGGUAUGCAGCAAUGAUCCACCCUGCUUCUCCGUCCUGAUCCCUGCCAACGACCCACGUGUCAGGAAUGGGCGCUGCAUGUUCUUUGUGCGCUCCAGCCCCGUGUGUGGCAGUGGGAUGACCUCCCUGCUGAUGAACUCUGUCUACGCCAGGGAGCAGAUCAAUCACUUGACCUCCUACAUCGAUGCCUCCAAUGUGUAUGGCAGCACCGAGCAGGAAUCACGUGAGCUGCGGGAUUUGAGCAACCAGAAUGGAUUGCUGAAGCGAGGGAGGAUGGUGCCCAGCUCAGGGAAGCACCUCCUGCCAUUUGCUGUGGGGCCUCCCACUGAAUGUAUGAGGGAUGAGAAUGAGAGUCCUGUGCCGUGCUUCCUGGCCGGAGACCACCGUGCCAACGAGCAGCUAGGGCUCACGGCCAUGCACACACUGUGGUUCAGGGAGCACAACCGCAUUGCUGCUGAGCUGUCUGUCCUCAAUCCUCACUGGGACGGAGACCUCCUGUACCACGAGGCGCGGAAGAUCGUGGGUGCCCAGAUGCAGCACAUCACCUACGCCCACUGGCUCCCCAAGGUCCUUGGGGAAGCAGGGAUGAAGAUGCUGGGUGAGUACAAAGGCUAUGACCCCAACGUCAACGCGGGGAUUCUCAACGCUUUCGCCACCGCCGCCUUCCGCUUUGGGCACACUUUGAUCAACCCCAUCCUGUACCGGCUGAAUGAAACCUUCCAGCCCAUCCGCCAGGGCCACGUCCCCCUGCACAAGGCCUUCUUCUCCCCUUUCAGGAUCACGCAGGAGGGUGGGAUUGAUCCACUCCUCCGUGGGCUCUUUGGGGUUCCUGGGAAAAUGCGGGUCCCCUCAGAACUCCUCAACAUGGAGCUGACAGAGAAGCUCUUCUCCAUGGCACACUCUGUCUCCCUGGACUUGGCUGCUAUCAAUAUCCAGAGAGGACGAGACCAUGGCAUCCCACCUUACAACGACUUCAGGGUCUUCUGCAACCUCUCAUCUGCACAGGAGUUUGAGGACCUCAGAAAUGAGAUAAAGAACUUGGAGAUCAGGGAAAAACUCAGGAGCUUAUAUGGAACUACCAAAAAUAUUGACCUGUUUCCAGCCCUGAUGGUAGAGGAUCUUGUCCCUGGAACCAGAGUUGGACCAACGCUGAUGUGCCUGUUAACAACACAGUUCAGAAAGCUGAGGGAUGGAGAUAGGUUUUGGUAUGAGAACCCAGGAGUCUUCACUCCGGCGCAGCUGACUCAGCUCAGACAGUCGUCCCUCGCUCGUGUCAUCUGUGACAACAGCGACCACAUCCAGCAGCUCCAGAGGGACGUCUUCCGUGUGGCAUCGUACCCACAGGGCAUGGUGGGCUGCGAGGAGAUCCCUGCUGUGGACCUUCGCUUUUGGCAGGACUGCUGCGAGGAUUGCCAAACACGUGGGCAAUUCAGGGCCCUUUCUCAGCGGUUCCGAAGCAAGAGGUCUCCUGGAUUCAGCUACCCUGAAGAAAACCCUGCCAAGCACAAGCCUGCCUCCCCCAGAAAUGAGGCGACUUCUCCAAGCUCUUCUUCCAGAGAGAAUCUUGAGUCCCUUGUGGCUGAACUGGAGAAGGCAGUCACUUCCCUACGGAAACAGGUGCAUGUACUAGAGAGCCAGCUAAGGUGGCACCACAGGAACACCAGCACGUAUGAACAGGGGAAGAAGACUGGGGACAAACGGAGAAAAAGUUGACUGUAUUGCCUCCUCAUAUAUGAGGUGUCUGGUGAUCUGUGCUCUUGCUCACCGUCAGCCAGUCCAACCCAUUCUUCAGAGGCUCCAAGCAACCCAUGAGCCCCCAUGACACCCUGCCACCUCCUGUGCCACCUCUUGUCCCAGAACAUCUGUCCUUCUGCCUGUAUUGAGCCCUGCACUGCAGCCCCUCAGCCCCUGCACUGUUCCAGCCCUUGUCAGCCUCUAGGGAUGGGCUCUGCCACCACCACACUGUCCUGCUAGAUGGUGCCAAGAUGCCACUUCCUUCCACCAGUCCUCAAGAAAUGGAGGAUAACUGAAGCUGCCUUAGAUUCACCAUUGUGCCCUUCUCCUCUUUUCAUCCAUCUUUGACAUCAUCUUCCUACCCCUGGUCUGAAAUGUUAACUGAAAGAAUUCAUUACGAGAUAAAACCUCUCUCAGAUGCACUAUCUUCAAGCCAGGAAACAUCUGGAAAAAUCUGUAUGUGGUUUGAAAAAAGGAAAAUUGAACAAGCAUGAGAUACUCUAAUGCUAACAGAAAGACCAAAAGGAACCUGAGGGCCGUGGAAAGCAUUGUGUGGGCUGGGCUGGGUCCAUGCCUGCAGCAGUGAGCUGGAUCCAGAGCCUGGGGAGGUCUUGCAAUUGCUUGGGUGCUUCAGGACAAGCUGUGGCAGCCCACCAUGCUGAGGCCUGCUGCUGUGCUUUGCCACCUGAUUGGUAAUGGGUGGCACAUCCUCAGUGCUGUGACCCUAUGAGUGACCUCCCAUUGCUUGCCUGGUGCUCAGAAACAUUUUCUUCAAUACUAACUGCAUUCUCCAGGGUUCUGCCCUUCUGAGGUUUAAUUGGAUUUAUGUUUCUCUUCCUUUUUUUUUUUUUUCUUUAACUCCCAAUGGCUCUUCACUGGAAGAUGUGUUUUGAGUGUAAAUGUAACAGGACCUGCAACAGAACCUCUGAUAAUUAGAUGUAAUGGGCGCUCUCAUUAGUGAGGGGGAGCUGCUGGUUUCUGUCAAUUAGUACUGGAGAACACGAUGUGCAGUAUUUGACACACUGAUGAAUGCGAAGUGCUGCUUGUGUUUAUUGCUCCUAGGUGCUCUGCAACGAAACCACGACUGUGCAACCAGCUCUCCUGAGCUGGUCUUCUGGUUUCCUUGCUCUUUGGAGGUGCUUUUUAGUGGUGCUAGAUCUGAGGUCCCUGUGCAUCCACCACAGCCACCUAUGUGUGGGCAGAUUGGUUCUUAAUCCAUCUGUGUAAGCCAAGCACAGGAGCUGAGAGAAGAUACUUGAUCUGUUUGAUAGCUGUGCCUUAUCUUUUUCACUUUUCCUGUGUCCUCCCACCUGCCUUCCCCAGUGCAAGGACCCACAUCUUUUAUGAACGUGCUUUCCCUCAUCUUCUCCUCCUUUUUUUAGGUGUGUGAUAGUACCAAGGGGAUUCAAAGCAACAGAGAUGCUCCUGGAACUUAAUAGGAAAAUAAAACAAAAUAGGAGAAAAA